AUGAAUACUGUUGCUACUAAUAGAGGUGCAGACAUUUUUGUGGCAGUGCUACCUCAAUUACGUUACGACUCUAUUACUACCAUCGCAACCUUUACUAAUAAUCAAGUUGAUAUCCUAUUGCAAGAUUUAGGAGCCGAGCCACUUUUUGCUGCAGUUCAAGAACAAUCAACAAAUUCUUUCUCAAAUGUGUCAGUUCAACAUGCUCCUGUUAAACAAGAAGCAAUGGAAGCAAAAGAUAUCUUUGGUAAAAUUUAUAGAACUAAUCAACCAAGAGUACGUAAACAACAAGCAAAAGAAGAUGUUGCUCUUAUUGCUCUCAAAGAUCUUGUAAAAGAAAAUGCUCAUCCUGCUAUUGCUGAUUCUGUGGGUCAAGAUGUAAUGAACCAUUUUGAACCAUCUGAUAAAAAUUCUAUAGACGAAAAUUUCAUGCCAAAAUCUGAGAUUUGGUAUCGUAAACAAUUAACUGAACAUCCCGAAAAAAAGCCUCGUGUUAUCCUUUUGGAAUAUUGUCAGAUGAAACGUUUAUCAACUCCUGAGUAUCGUGGAAGAACUGAUGAGAGAGGUCGUUAUUUUUUUGAUUGUGUUAUUGGUGAUCGUAUUUUUAGUGCUGAAGGUGUAGGUUUUUUAAAGAUGGCUGAUGCUAAAGAUUGUAUUGCCGCAAAAUCUUUUUCUUUAUUAUAUCAAGAAUUUUGUGAACAAGAACAACAGGAAAAAAUAACUAAUGGUAUGAACUCAAAACACGCAUUAUCGAUAAAUAAUUCAAACAAUCAAAUCGUCCCGAACAAUUGCAUAGGAUUAAAUUUAUCUUCAGCCGCAAAUGAUAUUAGUACUGCAAAUCUAGUAUUACCUUCAUUGGAUGAUGAUGAGUUACAAUUUAAGAAUGACUCUCAUGAAUCAUCUAGAAUACAUUCAUUGACUGCAUCAUUGUUGCCAACCAAUUCUGAACAAUCUUUGAUGUCAUCAUUAUCAUCAACUAGUACUGAUCGACCUUUAAUUUCAACAAUGUCUUCAACUACUACGGAUCGAUCUUUGAUGUCACAAUUAUCAUCAAUCAGUACAGAUCGAUCCCUGAUCCCUGCAUUGCCAUCAACCAGUACUGAUCGAUCUUUGGCCUCAACACUGCCAUCAACCAGUACUGAUCGAUCAUUGGUUCCAACAAUGCCAUUAGUAAAUUCAGAGCGAUCUUUGGUUCCAACAAUGUCAUCAACCAGUAUAGAACGUUCUUUGGUUCCAACAAUGUCUUCAGCCAGUACAGAACGUUCUUUAGUUCCAACAAUGUCAUCAACCAAUGCAGAACGUUCUUUGGUUCCAACAAUGUCAUCAACCAGUACAGAACGUUCUUUGGUUCCAACAAUGUCAUCAACCAAUACAGAUAGAUCUUUUUCAGCAUUGUCGUCAUCAACCAGUACAGAUAGAUCUUUUUCAGCAUUGUCGUCAUCAACCAGUACAGAUAGAUCUUUUUCAGCAAUGGCAUCAACUAGUACAGAUAGAUCUUUGAUUCUACCAUCUUCAUCUCAAAUAUCUAAUAAUGGUUAUCAUCCAUAUCGUGCAUUAAACUCUCCAAUUCAACGAUUUCCUCAUCAUUAUCAAAGUUCUUCAUCACAAAAUAUUCCAUUAAGAAAUGAUACUCAAGCUAAACGAUUCACUAGUUUGAUAUAUGAGAAAGCUCAAGCAAGACGCUGGGAACGUCCAAUUUUUGAUUUUAUAAAUGCUGUUGGUGGAUUUUAUUGUAAAGUUACGAUUAAUAAUCUAACUUUUACUGGAAAAGUUUGUAGUAAAAAAGCGGAUGCAAAGGAAGAUGCCGCUGAGAUUGCUUACUGUCACCUUGUCAAGAAUGACAUGUAA